AUGAAACGAUCAUUUGAAGAAAAAGAUGAUUUAUGUGAAAAAAUAGCAUUAUCUUGUUAUAAUAAAUAUAAUGAAUUACAUUCUCGUGGAAAACCAUCAUCAAAUGAAUGGACUCAUUUAGCAGCUUUUGUUUCAGUAAAUGAAUUUAAUCAAAUCGAUGUUAUUUCAAUAGGUACAGGUACAAAAUGUUUAUCUGGAGAUAUAAAACAAAGUGAAAGACAAGGUUGUUUAUUACAUGAUUCUCAUGCUGAAGUUAUUGCACGAAGAGCUUUAUUAAAAUUUUUUUAUCAAGAAAUAAUUAAUGAUAACAAUAAGAUUUUAAUUAAACAAGAUAAAUAUAAAUAUAAUUUAAAUAAAUCAAUUCGUUUAUAUAUGUUUAUAUCAUAUCCACCUUGUGGAGAAGCUGCUUUUUUAGCUGAUCCACUAAAAAGACCAAAGUUUGAACAUAAAUCUUUAAAUUCAAAUCAAAUAGAAAAACAACUUUAUUUAAAACCAGGAAAAGGUCAUCCAACAACAAGUCUUUCAUGUACUAAUAAAAUAAAUCGGUGGAUUUAUCAAGGUAUUGAAGGAACACUUUUAAAUCAAUUUAUUGAAAAACCUAUUCAAUUAACUGGUUUAAUUAUAAAUACAGAUAAAGAUUUAUCAUCAAUAUUUCCAAAUGUAGAUGUUUAUUGUGUAAAUCAAAAAUUUGAAGAUGGUCCAUCAUUAGAACGAAUUCGUCCUUGUUCAAUGUCAAUAGCAUGGUGGUUAUAUUUACCAUUAUCGUCUGCUAUCGUUACUGUUGAUGGAUAUUCAUUAGGAUUAACUAAAAAAAAUCGACAUAAACAAGAAUAUGCAAGUCCAUUAGCUAAAUCUUCUUUAUUUAAACUUUAUCUUAAAAUAAUGAAAAAUCUAUCACCAAAUGAAACAACUUAUGCUUAUGCUAAAUCUCUUUCUUCAAAUUCAUUAAGAAACCAAUUUAUCUUAAAUAAUCCUCAAUGGAUAAUAACUGAUCCAAAUAUUUUUUAUUCAUUUACUAUUAGCUCUUCUUUAACAACAUCAUCUUAA